AUGCCGAACUUUCCUAAAUCCCUCGCACGCUGCGACAUCGUAGCACAACUUUCUAAUCCCUCAAGAGGGACCACACGAAAAUGGAUAUCGAAAGGCGAACCGAUAGGGAGGGCACCGGGGCUGUAUAAAGACACCUCGGACUCGAUACGGAAAAACUGCACGAUCGUUAACGGUCUUAUUCUAUCUCACAGUCGCCAUCAAGAGACACAGCGGCUUUCUAGUCAUGCUUUGCGACACCUCAUUCACACACAGUCGUCGCUGUCGACGAGCCUAGAAACAACAACCAAUCUCGAAGAUGGCCCCCCGAAGAGUAUAAAAGACGAUGGCUCUCAAUUCCAUCCUAUUCCCACACGCCAGGUCGAGAUUGGCGGCAUUCACUUGUCAAAGUACGUGUCACAAAGUAUCAAGAAGAUAAAUCCGAAACGUCAAAAGGCCGCAUUGCGAUUAAAAGAGCGGAAAUUUAACUGGGCGAAUCCGAGCGAGGAAUUCAAACAAUCAAAAAGCCCCAUGAAACAUUACUCUAGGGAAGAGGCUGGAGUUCCUUUGAAGGUUAAAGAUUCAGUUAGGCGUGUGCAAUUAGCACUUCAACGUCAAGGGAGGUUUAUUACAAAAGAAUCUUUCAACCAUGAUAUCAAGAUUAGGCUGUCGACAAUGUUUUCCGCCGAAGGAAUCCCACAAUUAUGGCUCAACUACUUCCAAGCCCUCUAUACAUGCAAACAAGAAGGGAAAAUGGACUCCUGGCAUCCGCCGCCAUCAAUCGAUAAAGGCACUCACUACCUGCUUGAUGCUUUACGAGAGAAAGGCCUGAAGGGGUUUAAAGAAUUGUGGGAGGCAUAUGGAGAGCGUGCAAAGUGCAGACAAUGGCCUCUCGUCGCUCUUCGUAUAUUGAGCACUUGUCCUGCCCUGAUGCCGGACUUUUUGUUAGGUACAGAUUCUGCACCAUACCCGCCAUUCUCAAUGGUAAGCGACUGUAUGCUUUACCUUCACCUCUUCCACAAGGAGGUCGACCCCAAAGCUCGCCGAGCUGCUCUUCUUCAGUGCAUGGAUCCAGACAGAUGGCCAGUCGUGCUGCUAUCACAGCGUGGCGUCAGAUUGUACGCGAUGUAUGCGGGGCAGCAAAAUGCAUAUAGAGCUAUGGAAAUCAUGCGGUCGAGAGACUCGCAGAUCUCAGCUUCCACUUUAUUAGCUUUCAUGAAUGUAUGCACACAAGCUCGGGAUGUCAACAAAGCACUGGAGUGUCUCCGCGCAAUUGCUUUGAUGGAGGAUCGACAGGGGCUUUCGAUGAAUUCGGAAGCUGUUCUUCGUCACUGUUGCAAGCUUCUUGAAUUGGAUGAAGUGGUGGAGGAAAAGGGUGUGCGCAAUUUCAAGAUCCUGCCACAGGUUUUAAAGCUAGGAGUGACUCCGUGUCUUGAAAUGAUGAAUGUGGUUCUCUCAAACGCUUUCGCUACCGGAGAUCCCCAUCUUGGUCUUGACAUGCUGAACUAUAUGAAGGAACAGGGCAUGAAGUUCAGCUCCUACACCUAUGUGAUCUUACUCACCGAUGCUGUGGCUCGACAAGAUCGAGAUCGGGUCGAUGCUCUGCUACAUGAAAUCAACCUACAUCCAGAGCUCAAAGACAACCAAUUCAUUGCUUCCAAGGUAUUCCAUUCUCACUACAUAUUUGGUGCCAAGAAUGCCUUUCGUUCAGAUAACCCGGGCAGACAUCUUAUGGACUUGUUGGAUGUCUACUGUCGCUAUUAUGAUCCUACACCGCUCAAAGACCUUGGGAUUAUUCCAGAACGAUUCAAUACGAUCGACAUUCCAAAAGAAGCCCAACCAGGCAAGGUCAUAUUAAUGAUCAUGAUGGCAGCGUACCUAAGAUGCAACCCACGACAUGUGACAACAAUGCGGCUCUAUAAACGAUUCCGCGAACUGAUUGCUCAGAGACAUCCCGUCAUCGCACCACUAGCCCAACUCCCACAAAUAUACAACGAGUUCAUCAUCUCAUUCCGUCCAUAUGGUGCAGAUUUAAAUGAUUGCGUUUCGAUAGUGGAAGAUAUGGUUCGUGCAGAGCCCUUCGAGAUUGACGGAACUACCAUCUACCCUGCAAAGCCCAAUGACUAUACAUGGAACACAUUGAUGAGCGUCUUUGUCUCCCAACGUGAUGUGGAGGGUGUUGCCUCAGUUCGGGAAAUCAUGCAACAAAGCGGCAUCAAAUUCACCGAGGUAACAUGGGCCACGAUCAUCAACGGAACAGUGAGAAACCAAGAUAUUCCCGCCACAGUUGCUGCGUUGAAGGAAAUGGACGAAGCCGGAGUUGCGCCUGACAGUUUUACGGUCAAAGCAUUCCGUCUUGCUCACGACCCAGAGCGACUUCAGGCUGCAAUUGAGGCUCUUGAUAAAGAGACAGAGAAGCUUAUGGAGGAAGAAAUGAAAAUCAAGGAGCGAGAGACUGAUGAACUAUUGGAUCAGGGCCUCAGGCGUUUAGCUCUUGCUACAAAGGAGUCUUACUAA